GCAUCUGUGCUUCCUCCUCCUCAUGUGCUUCCCUUUGGCGUGGGGUGGCGUCCCUGGUCCAUGUCGGCACUCUGUGACAAGGGGUCACCUCCUCAACCUCAAUUGCCUGAUUGAUAAUCAGUUGGAGAAUGGCUGGUCAAUAACCUUCGUAUUCACUGAGCGCCAGAGUUUGAGUGAAGCCUGUUACAUCAAAGCAGCAUUUCCACAAAUCCUGGAGCUUCUGAACACACACUUCAAGUAUGUCAGAAAAUCGGACAAUGGGCGCUAUGUCAAAGCCCUGAAAAAGGUCAUAUAUGACCUCUACUCCCAAAACUGUAUACCUGAAAUCAACGAGGAGAUUGAGGACAACCCAGUGAAGUUUGUCAAAAUGCAAAGCACCUCGCCCAGAGAGGCUCUGACAAAAGCCCGGGGGGUCAUUGAGAUGUACUUAACCCUGUUGAACAAGAGCAACGGGCCCAUCGACUGGAACUGCGAGGAAGAGUACGCCGAGGAUUACCUAGAAUCCACCACCCCCACCACAGCUGAACCUGAACACAAGUGUGCAUGUCCAACAGUGGGUCUGGUGACCCCUGAUGUCUCCCUGGUGUCCCACAGCGUAUGGAGCAGUCCCCCACAGCCCACCCUCUCCCAACUCAACACGAUUGUGCCUCCCAGGCCGACUCACCUACCCCUGGGUACCAAGAGCGCUGAGCCCCAGGUGUUCCUUGCAAGUUCUGGUACCGUAAGACCUCCCUUCCCCAGGGAGCUGCAGCGGACUGUCCCCGAUGGACGUUCACUUGAAGGGGGCAGAGAGGGGGAGAUACACUGGGACUUUCGUCCACCUUCACCCAAUGGAACUGAGUCAGAUUCUGCACUCUACCACACAGUUGCAGACCCCCAUUCUGCCACGAACGACGCUUCCACAUCUUCCCCUCCCAGUCUGAUUCUCCUGGGGACCGUUGGCUCCCAUGACGAGACUUUUUACUACCCCCAGACUGAGAAGACAAGAGAGGCUUCCACAGACAGAUCAGCAGGGAGAGGAGCAGCAGGCUCACCCCACAGUCCCGUCGCUGUUGCUGGGGCCAAGCUGGUUACACCUGUCCCUUUCCUGUACAAGGUUAUUGGCAUCACCCCCAGUAGUGAUGAGAGCACUGCCUAUGUGUUGGCCAAGAGGUCGCUGGACGCCAGGAACUAUGGAAUACUUCAGGAUGGGGUUUCAACAGAGACCCCUCAACUAGAGGACACUAGAGAAAAAUAUCCAGGCACAGAGAGAUAUUUACAUGACUGGAACCCUCCGAUUGAAAGCACUACGACCAAAGCAUUUCCACAUUUGAAGACGACAGCGGAGGAGCCAGACAAACUACACACCACUACAGAGGUACUGGACCAAGUAACGAAGACUGAGCCAAACCAUAGCAGGACAUCCUAUGAGGAUGUCUUCAGCACAGAUAUCCUGUCAGAGAGGACAGAUGUGGACGAUGCUCCUCCAGAAAGGCCCAGUGAAGGCUCAGAGAAGGAAUUCCGGAAUGGGAAAACUGGUCAUUCCGAUUCAAGCAUCUCCUACCAGACAGCCUUUAUCAUUGCAGCCGUGUGUGGUGGACUACUCCUGAUCAAAACCCUAUUCUGUCUCAGUGAGAAGAAGAGACUCCGAGCCCUUCUCCACAGUACCAGCAUAAUUGAAAACCAGAGGGCAUGCAGCAGCAUUGAGGAUGUUGAGCUACAGUAUUAUAAAGCCAAGGAGUGAGAGAGCUGGAUUGGUUUUACCUGCCAGUAAGAGACCAACAACCACGUAAUUCGUUAAACAUGUGGAAGACAUGGAAAUUUGGCAACUAUUUUCCUCAUGUUAAAGUUUAUCGUUUUUUUAUAUAAAUAUCAACAAAUGUCUAAAGGUACCUAUUUUUAUACAAAUUAAGUUUAUAUUGCUUGAAAGAUUUAACAGAGAAUCUAAUGCUCUCAAAGUUAUACAAUAUCUGCCUGCUUCCCUUUCUACUGUCAAAAAGGUUUGAGUGAAUUGAUCUGUUAGACACAGCGGUAACUUGACUCUCAAAGACUGUUUGGACGGUGUCAUGCACACCACACACAACUUUGAUCUUCCAUGACAUAGAAUGGACCAAACAAUCCACCAAGGAUUCUCCGUCACGGCAGGGGUUAACGACUUCACCCUAGCCUGUUUCUUUCACUGACACUCCCCUAUCAUCUUCCAACGUGACUGAUAGCUCCUCAGAGUGAGACUCAGAGUUCUAGAGGGGAAGCACCCCCUUCUUUAUUACAAUGGCAUCUGUGUUUUGACCAGCAUAUGUCUCCCAGUGGGGAUAGUAGCCAUUAGAGCAACAGUGCAAGUCAACAUUAAACUAAAUGAAGUCUUCCCAUGUGACUGAAAGAGUCUCAUGACAUUGUUCAAUGGAGUUGGGCCCUUGAGCCAAAGCAAGACCAGGUGUCAUCACCUCAAGUGGACAGAGGAUGUAUUUUGGGGAAUCAAUAGAUUAAAUACAAACAGAUAAAAUACAAACAGAACACCCAAAGUUAUUUGUUUUGAGUGUACACGCCAUGCAGCAUACUAGAUUAAUUUGACUUCUGAUAUUCUCUUGUUUUAUCCCUACCAAAUGAAUAUAAGGACCUGUCUCUCAUGCCAUGAUGCCAAUGAAAGUGUAUGUUAUAAAAAGGUAAUUUGGAUACUGGAUGCUGAUUGGUUGAUAAGCAUUAGUUAUUCACGAUAAUCCACGACAAAUGCCAGUUCCUUUUUAAUUGUCACUUUGCAUCCACUGUCCCACAGCUGAGAAAAGCAAUUCAUAAACAUUAUAUCAAAGUAAAAGCAUCUAGACAUUAUUUGCCAGCCUAUCAUUAGAUUUUAAACAGAGGAGGUUUAAACAUGCUUGUUUAUUAUUGCUUGAAAUGUUUUCGAACACAGAAUCUUACGCUAUUAAAGUUAGACAAUAUCGGCUUACUUCCCUUCUUGCUGUCAAAAAGGUUUGAGGGAAUUUGUCGGUAAUUAUUGUACACCAGUGGCCACCAACCUUUUCAGUCAAGAUCACUUUGAGUCAAAAUUCAAGCAGAGAUCUACCACUCAGAUUUUUUUUAACAUAACUUUUAAAAAAUUAAGCCUAUGCAACAUUAACCUAUAAACAACAGUACUGUAGCAGUGAGGUUUGUGUAGUAGGCUAUAGGCCCAAUACAUUAUCACCGCAUAUUGACUUUGCUUGAAUUGCCUUGAAUACUUUUUGAAUUUUACUCACGUAGUAUUAUAAUGGGUGACUUUAAAUUUUACUUGAGUGAUUUUCUAUUAAGGCAUCUUUACUUUUACUCAAGUAGGACAAUUGGGUACUUUUUCCACCACUGCAGUACAUUAAUACAGUUCACUACUGGAGCUAAUAGGCCUAUUUAUUAUGAAUGUUAAUAUAUUUAUAAUAUAUUUAUAAUAUAGGCCUAUUUAUAUGCUUCAUAAUGCUUUUGAAUGACCCUUCCGGUUUUGGCGGGAAAUACCGGGUUACCCGGAAGAAAAGUAAUUUAUUCUCUGGAUGGAACAUUUGUAAAAUACCACAAACAUAUUCAACCCUAGCGCUGAUGCCAAUGAAAGUGUAUGUUAUAAAAUGGGUAAUUUGGAUAUUGGAUGCUGAUUGGUUGAUAGGCGUUAGUUAUUCACGAUAAUCCAUUUUAAUUAUUUUAAAUUUUAAUUAUCACUGUGCAUCCACUGUCCCACAGACCAGCCAGGCAAUUCAUAAACAUUAUCUCCACAAAAAAAUAUAUAUACAGUGAGGUAAAAAAGUAUUUGAACCCCUGCUGAUUUUGUA